AUGGCUACACCGCUCCUUCACUCAGUCUCAACCGAAUCCAAACACGCAUCCGUUCCGACACAAUACAUAUCACCUGCCGGUAAAUCACGUUUCGGGUGCCCUUUUGAUGAUCCCAAGGGCAGCAACGGUAUAAUGCUGGUGAUGGGAGUAAGCCUUGAUACAACUUGGGCUUUUACUGCUCACUUCUUAGCAACACAUAGCGGAAAUUAUGAUCAAUCAAGGCUGGCAGAGCUGAUCAGACUUGCCAAGGGUUGGAUCAAGGAAACUGUGAAUGAGAACCACCCUUUUGUCAUAAGAAAUGGAGCUGCUGUAGAUGCAGAUCCUGUAGCUGUCUCACGACAACUUGAGAGAGAAUUCACCCAACUUCACUUUGAUGAAGUUAUUGAAUUAAUACUUCCCAAACUGUCAACAAUCAAAAAGAAAUACCUCAAAGAAUUUGGAUUGAAGAAGGGGAUCUCUAGUCAAGGUCAUCUAUUCCAUCCUGAUCAUCACAAAGAUAGGAUCGAACAGCUCUACAAAGAUUGGAAGAAGAGCUGCAAGCCACUGGGAUAUUAUUUUAUUAAUUUAUGGGAUAAACUCUGGAGAGUAUUUAAGAGAAAUAAACUGGACUGA